UCCCCGCUCGCCUCCCCUCGCCCGCCGCACGCCCUCCUCCCCGCGAGUCUCAGACUGAUUGAUACGACUCUCCCACUGUGAGUUGCGCUCCCGAGCGGUUGACACCCUCCGGACACCCCUACACUCGCCACCAUGGUUGAAGACCUCACGAAAUCGCAGACAAAGAUGCUGGAGCGCGUCUUCCAGGACUACGACAAGGGCAAGACUGGCAAGAUAAACGUGGACGAGAUCUACGACAUGAUGGAGCAGAUCGGCGCGGGCCUCAACAAGGCGGCGAUACAGACUAUGAUCCAGGAGGUGGACACUUGGGGCUCAGGGGAACUGGACUUCCACGCGUUCGCCACCCUGGCCGCCAGGUUCAUCGUGGAGGAGGACCCCAACAAACUGCGAGACGAACUGAGACAAGCGUUCCUGUUUUUCGACAGAGAAGGUAAUGGCUACAUCACAACAGACCAGCUCCGAGAGAUCCUUUGGGAGCUGGACGGCACCAUCGGGGUGGAGGACAUGAACCAGAUCAUGGAAGAGAUUGACGCUGACGGAUCUGGAACCGUAGACUUUGAAGAGUUCCUGGCUGUGAUGAUGGGAGGUGAGGAAGAAAAAGAAAAGAAGUUUGUCGGCGAAUAAAAAUUUCCUAUGUCUGUAAAAAAAAAAUCCCCGGAAGAAAAUAAUUAAAAAAACUCAA